CUCUUCGUUUUCAGGAAGAAGACUUGAAAAACGCUGAUGAUUGUGUUUAGGAACUUUAAAACAGGUGUAGGUCAAUGCUCCAGAGCUUUUAAAACCUUCCGAAACAUUACUAUGCUUGAAAGCUAUUUUCAUACCACCAGCAAUAACAAGGCAGAGUUCCGCGAUCUGCUCCAAAAGGCAAAGAACGUUGUUGUUUUAACUGGAGCAGGCGCUAGUGCGGAGAGUGGAGUUCCUACAUUUCGAGGCUCCGGUGGUCUUUGGAGAACUUUUAGAGCUCAAGAUCUGGCGACUCUCGAAGCAUUUCGCAGAAAUCCGUCAUUAGUAUGGGAGUUUUACAGUUACAGGCGAGAAGUUGUUCUCACAAAACAACCAAACAAGGCGCAUUAUGCUAUUGCAGAAUUGCAGAAAAAGUUUCCAGAUCAAGGAAGAAAUGUCGCCGUAAUAACACAGAAUAUUGAUGGAUUACAUCAGGCUGCAGGGACGAAAGAAGUAAUAGAACUUCACGGGGCACUGUUUAAGACAAGAUGUACUGUAUGUGGACAUGUAACAGAAAACAGGAACAGUCCAAUUGUACAAGCUUUAGCUGGGAAAGGAGCCCCAGAUCCUGAUGCCCAGGAUGCAAAAAUUCCAGAAAAAGAUUUACCCAGGUGUGUCCAGCCCAACUGUGGACAACUGGCCCGUCCUCAUGUGGUGUGGUUUGGAGAAAAUCUGGACCAUAAUGUAUUGAAAGCUACAAAUGACGCUUUGGAAAAGUGUGAUAUGUGUCUUUUGGUUGGUACAUCAUCUGUGGUUUACCCAGCAGCAGGAUUUGCUCCAAUGUUGGCAGCCAGAGGAGUCCCAGUUGCAGAAUUUAACAUGGAAAAGACUUCAUGCACUGGAGAAUUCAGGUUCCAUUUUCAGGGUCCUGCUGGUGAAACUCUUCCUCCUUUACUUGCAGAGAAGGCAGACUAAGCAGAGGUUCCAAAGUAAACUAUCUGAUGCCAUUUAUUGUUGGUCUUUUUGUGGAGGAAUGAUUGCAUGAUAAGCCCAAGAAUGUUUGCAUAUAAGGCUAACACAAACAGAGAAAGACUUUCAUUAGUCUUCAAGUUAUCAUAUAGGGACAGUGUUUCAUCCUUCAGCCAAUGGGGCAAUCUAUAAGGCCAUCUUCAAGCUGCCAAUGGUAAGUGACUCAAACCCUGUUCCUUUCUGGGCUUUGAAUCUAAUGCAUUGAUAAUUUCCCCGAAUUUGGCUAAGGUUGGGGGGGAGGGGGGGGGGGAAUUGGGGUGCAUUUCACCUCCUUUUUGUAAGGUGAGAGUUAUAAUUUAUGAAAUGAGGUCAGAGUUAGAAUUUAUGAUAUUAAAGGUAAUUGGAAGUGCAUUUAUGCUAGUAAGACACAAGACAAGUGUAAAGAACCCACUUCUGAAAAAUUACCUUUAUACCCCUGACUAGGACAUGCUACUUCCUGCCUUUGGGUAAACCACACACAGACGAAGGAUUUUCCAUAUUAUUGCACUACUAAAUUCAUUUCAAAUCAGAAUCUUGUCAUCUAACAAGGUUCACUUUUUUAUUUUCAAGAAAGUGCAGUCAUUUCCAGGUUAUAAGAACAGUUUACUGACCUAUGCAUGUUUUUGAUUAAGCUAAAAAUCAUACAUAGAAAAAAGAACAUGAAGAGAUGUGCGACUGCAAUGACUGUCUGUAAGGGAAACAUCAACAAGUUUUCUUCUAUUUUACACCGGAGUUUGGUUACUUAUUUUAGUAUGUUUAAAAAUAUAGCUAAAAUAAUUAUCUGUAUUUUAGUCUCUUUGUUACCAAAAAUAUCCCAUCAAGAAUAUUCAUUCUAUAUUAAAAAAAAAAAAAACAGAGACAAAGGUUCUAAUAAUUAGUGUUAGUGUCUUGCACUGAUUCAUGGCACUGCCAUGAACAAUACUUGUUCUAUCAUAGAUAAAUUAAGAUAAAUGGACCUGAAAUUUUGUUCAUGUAAUGGUAUAUUUCACUGUCUAACAAGUCCACAUUGUUAAUUGAGAUAUUCUUGGUAACAAAAUCACACCAAUUUGUAAACAUUCAAGAAAUACAUUUAGUGACAGUGGCAUAUAUUCUCACAUACCAAUGACACAUUCUGAAAAUAUAAUUAGAGCAACUUGAUGAAUGGUAAUAAUUAAAUUAUGCUCUGGCUUUGCCUCAUGCGUUAAAAAUGUCAUUUUCAAGUGGUCUUUCCUGGCUUUUGUAUUGUCAUACUUAGGCUUCUCUUAGUUAAAAUAAUAUUUUUAUUUUCUUAACUGUCAAACUUGGGAUUUGAUUAAUAUAUUUUAACAUUUGCUCUGAUUGACAAGUACUGGUUGUUAGACUCUUUGAGAGCAGCGUCUCUUGCAUUGCCUGGCUAAGAACAAUUAUUUGUCAUACAUUAUUAGUUGUCAUGUAAAUAAAAACAAUAUGGCUA